UACCUUUGAAGAGUUGACUUCAAUUCCUUUGAUGGAGUUCGCUUGUUCUUCUUCAUCAUCAUCUCCAUCCUUCUUAAAAUCAGAACCCCAGUUCAAAUACGAUGUGUUCAUUAACUUUGGGGGAGAAGAUAUGGGUAGAAAGUUCGUUUCUCAUCUCCAUUAUGCUCUUUUACAAGCUCAAUUCAAAAAUUUGAUUAGCACAGAGGAUGUGCAAGAGGAAAUGAAGCUGGAAGAACACAUGCGAGCAAUAGCAAGCUCUAAGAUUGCAAUAAUUGUUUUCUUCCCCCUACCAGUUUUUACCGGUGAAAAUUUUGACCUUUGGAAACUCAAACUAAAGACAUAUUUUAUCUCACAAAAAUUGUGGGAUAUUGUUCAAUCUGGUUAUACAAAACCAGAUAAUAUUGAGACUCUAUCUGAGGAGGAACGAAAAAAGCUAGAAGAUUCUGAACAAAAGGAUGCCCAAGCAUUGUUUGUUCUUCAACAAGCUGUGGGAGAAACUAUCGCCAGGAGGAUCAUGGAUGCAGAAACUGCAAAAAGGGCAUGGGAUAUUUUAGAAGAAGAAUUUGAAGGCAAUGAACAGUCAAGUCAUGCAGAAAAAGACUGUUGGCAUCGUGGGAAGCCAAUAUGUCAUUAUUGCAAGAAGCCUGGUCACGUGGAGAAGUAUUGUCGUAAUAAAAAUAAGCACCAAGCAAACUUUGCUGAAGAACAUAAUCAGGAGCAACGUUUAUUCUAUGCUAAUCAAGAAUCUCAUAGUGGAGAAGGAAAUUGGUACUUGGACAGUGGAUGCAGCAAUCACAUGGCCAAAGAUCAAAGCAUCUUCAAAGACAUUGAUAAAUCUAUCAAUGUCAAAGUUCGACUUGGAAAUGGCGCCACAGUGGAGUCUCAAGGCAAAGGAACUGUCAUGGUGGAGACAAAGAAAGGUACGAAAUUCAUCAAGGAUGUUUUACUAGUUCCCAAUCUUAAAGAAAAUCUUUUAAGUAUUGGCCAAAUGAUGGAGAAUGGGUAUUCUCUUCACUUUGAGAAAGAUACAUGCAAAAUUUAUGACAAUAGAAGGAUAGAAAUUGGUGAAGUAAAAAUGGAGAAGAGAAAUAGAAGCUUUCCCAUAAGCUUCAAACCUGGAACUAAUAUUGCCAUGAAGGCGGAAGUUGAUGACUCAUGGCUUUGGAUGUCUUCUCGGCAAGCAACACCGAUUGCCAUUCUCAACAGACAAAGCAUGGAGAGCAAAAGAUUUACUAGAAUUAAUCCACACCGAUGUUUGUGGACCGAUGAGGACGCCUUCACAUCACAACAACAGAAAUUCAAGGCCCUUGUCGAUAAGCAAAGUGGAAAACAGAUAAAAGUACUUAGAAGUGAUCGUGGAAAGGAGUACACAUCUCAUGAGUUUGACAAAUUCUGUGAAGAUGAAGGCAUAGAACGACAACUUACAGUCGCAUAUACUCCACAACAAAAUGGUGUUUCAGAGAGAAAGAAUCGCACAGUCAUGGAGAUGGCGAGAUCAAUGCUGAAGGAGAAAGGACUACCAAAUACAUUCUGGGCAGAAGCAGUCUACACUGCGGUCUACCUACUCAAUAGAUGUCCUACUAAAGCAGUUCAAGACAAAACUCCAAUCGAAGCCUGGACACAGUUGCACAAUCAACCGCUGAAGCAGAAUAUGUGGCAGCCGCUGAAGCAACAAGUCAGGCUAUAUGGCUUCGAAGAAUACUCAAAGAUAUGGGAGAAAAACAAACUUGAAAAAAUCAUUGAAUGCCGCCAAACUUUUGGACAAAUAGUUCUGCCAGUAAUUUACGAUAUUGUCCAAUUGGAAGAACGUAAUCGGAAGGAUGAUUUGGUGAAAGCAUUGGAAGAAGUUGCACAAAGCAGCUAUUCAGGAGAACAACUAGAACAUGCGUUGUCCAGGUGGAGCCGAGCACUAACCAACGCUGCAGGCAUCACUGGUUGGGAUUUCAGAGAUUUCAGGCACGACGCUGAAUUUGUGGAGAAAAUUGUUAGACGCGUUCAGACAUUGCUGGACUAUACAAACAUGUCUAUUACCGCAUUUCCUGUUGGAUUAGAGUCCCACGUGGAAAAAGUGAUUGGAUUGAUUGAAGAACAAUCCACUGAAGUGUGUAUGAUAGGGAUAUGGGGAAUGGGAGGAUCAGGUAAAACUACCUUAGCCAGGGCCAUCUAUAAUCGAAUUUAUCAUCCAUUCAUUGGUAAGAGUUUUAUUGAAAAUAUUGGACAAUUUCAAGUAAACAAAAGGCAUGUUCAUUUGCAAGAAAAUCUUCUUUAUGAUGUCUUAAAAUCCAAGUUCAAGGUGGAAAGCGAUGGGGUGGGAAGAACUAUGAUCGAGACUAAACUUUCACAAAAGAAGUUGCUCAUUGUGCUUGACGCUGUGGAUGAGUUUGGCCAGUUAGAAAACCUAUGCGGGAAUCGACAAUGGUUUGGUCAAGGAACUGUGAUAAUUGUCACAACUAGAGAUGUUAAGGUGCUGAACCGACUAAAAGUUAAUUAUGUGCAUACAAUGGAUGUUAUGAAUGAAAAUGAUUCCCUUGAGCUUUUAAGUUGGCAUGCCUUCAGAGAAGCAAAACCAAGAAAAGAAUUCAAUGAGCUUUCAAGAAACAUAGUUGAUUAUUGUGGAGGACUACCACUUGCUCUUCAGUUCCUUGGUUCCUAUUUAUGUGAUAGGACAAAGGAAGAGUGGGAAAGUGUAUCCUCAAAACUAAAAGUAAAUCCCAUUAAUCAAAUUCAAGAGAAGUUGGAAAUAAGUUUUGAUGGUCUGCACGACAUGGAAAAGGAUAUAUUUCUUGAUAUAUGUUGUUUCUUUAUUGGUAAAGAGAGAGGUUAUGUUACAGAAAUACUAAAUGCCUGUGGAUUGUAUGCUGAUAUUGGAAUAACAGUUCUCAUAGAACGUGGCCUCAUAAAAGUUGAAAGGAACAACAAACUAGAAAUGCAUCCUUUGUUACGAGACAUGGGAAGAGAAAUUAUUCGCCAAAGAUGCCCAAAUGAACCAAGGAAAAGGAGUCGACUAUGGUUUGAGGAUGAUAUAAAAGAUGUACUGAAAAGGAAUACUGGAACAAAAGCUACUCAGGGAUUGUCCCUGAAACUGCAUUCAACCGGCAAAGAUUACUUUGAGGCUCAUGCUUUCAAGGAAAUGAAGAGACUAAGACUUCUACAACUGCAUCAUGUACAACUUACCGGAGAUUAUGAGUACCUUUCUAAACAACUGAGAUGGAUUUGUUGGAAAGGGUUUCCUUUAAAAUACAUACCAAACAACUUUCAUAUGGAAAAUGUAAUUGCAAUUAAUUUAAAACAUAGUUAUCUUCAACUCGUCUGGCAAGAAACACCGGACUUUUCGGGACUACCAAGUCUGCAACAACUCAUUCUAAAAGAUUGCCCAAGUUUGUGCAUGGUACAUGAAUCCAUUGGAGAUCUUUGCAAUCUGCUACUGAUAAAUUUAAAGGACUGCACAAGUCUAAGUUGUCUCCCCAGAAAUGUAUAUAAGCUGAGAUCUUUAAGAACUUUCAUUCUCUCUGGUUGUUCCAAGAUUGACAUAUUGGAAGAAGAUAUAGUGGGUCUACAUUCCUUGAUAACAAUAGUUACUGAAAAUACAAUUGUGAAACAAGUGCCCUGUUCAAUCGUAAAAAGCAUUGCAUAUAUAUCCCUACGUAGAUUUAAAGGAAUGUUACAUAAUACCUUUGCAUCAGUCAUUCAAUCUUGGAUGUCAUCAACAAUGAAACAACAAUAUUGUAAUAGUCCAUUUUUCAUGGAUAUGGAGAAUAAUAAUUGGCGUGUCCUUGUGCCACUGCAUAACGGCCUUGCAAAUCUUCGAAGUGUUUUGGUUCAAUGUAAGACGGAGUUUCAACUAUAUAAGAAAGUGAAAAAAAUUCUUGUCGAAUCACCACUUGUAAACUUUUCAGAAUCAAGAAUUUCAAAUCAUCACUUGAGGUUUUCUUUGAUUGGUGUUGGAAGUUACAAUAAAUUCCUCAGCACUCUCAGCGAUAGCAUUUCUGAGGAAUUAGUAAGCAGCGAGUCUUGUGAUGUUUCUCUUCCAGGUGACAACCACCCUUAUUGGUUGGCCCAUAGGGGUGAGGGGCAUUCUGUUUCUUUCACUGUUCCUCGGGAUUCUGACAUGAAGGGAAUGAUUGUGUGUGUUGUGUAUUUAUCUACCUCUGAAAUCGUGGCAACUGAAUGUCUUACAAGUGUCUCAAUUGUUAAUUAUACAAAGUGCACACUGCACAUACACAGGCAUGGUACAGUAAUUUCCUUCAAUGAUGAAGAUUGGCAUAAUAUAAUAUCAAAUUUAGGUUCAGGAGAUAAGGUGGAGAUAUUUGUGACCUUUGAUCAUGGAUUGGUGCUCAAGAACACAGUUGUAUAUUUGAUGUGUGGUGAAUCAAAUGGCUUAGAAAUGGUACCUUUCCCUGAGGCAGAGGAAAAUGCUCUGAAUAAAUUCUUUAAGAAAAUAGUAAUGUGUGAUUUCUGGUAA